GACACCAAAACUGCAUGCAGUAUUCCAGAUUUUUCCCUCUAGCUGAGCAAGUGAUACACAACGAAAUAUGCCUGAGCAAAGCAAUGAUUACAGGGUUGUUGUGUUUGGAGCUGGAGGAGUGGGCAAAAGUUCAUUGGUCUUGAGAUUUGUGAAAGGCACUUUCAGAGAGAGCUACAUCCCUACCAUUGAAGACACCUAUCGGCAGGGGAUCAGCUGUGAUAAGAGCAUAUGCACUUUGCAGAUAACUGACACUACAGGGAGCCAUCAAUUUCCAGCAAUGCAACGUCUUUCUAUUUCUAAAGGACACGCUUUCAUUUUGGUUUACUCUAUCACCAGCCGGCAGUCCUUAGAGGAACUCAAGCCAAUCUAUGAACAAAUAUGUCAGAUUAAAGGAGACAUAGAAAGCAUUCCAAUAAUGUUGGUGGGGAACAAAAAUGAUGAAAACCAAAAUCGAGAGGUGGAGAGCAGUGAAGGAGAAGCCAUGGCUAAGAAGUGGAAAUGUGCCUUCAUGGAGACCUCUGCUAAGAUGAACCACAAUGUGAAAGAGUUGUUCCAAGAAUUGCUAAACCUAGAGAAACGCAGGACUGUGAGUUUACAAAUUGAUGGCAAAAAAAGCAAGCAGCAGAAAAGAAAGGAGAAGCUGAAAGGCAAAUGUGUGGUGAUGUGAAAUUGCACUGCAAGAAGUCAUCCAUGAAUUCUCAUCUGACAAUACGCAUGUAAAACCUAUAGAGAGCAAACAGCCAUGCAAGAUCCUAUUUAUUAGUAUCUGUUUUAAAAGAAAUAUUCUGAAUUUGAAAAAAUGAGGUACUAUGGUUACUAUGAAAAAAAGUCAACAAAUAAAAAUGCAUGUACUCUAGCUA